UCCAAAAUUUUGAAAAAGAGACGUGUCUUUCUCCUCUUCCUCAUCCUCAUCCACCUUCUCUUUGGAGUCCAGCCCAGCAAGACACACAGCGGUCUUUCCCAUUUCCAUUUCACAAUCUCGAAACAACAAGAUCAAAAAUCCACCCCCCAAAAAGCGCCCAUUCUGAGAUCUACCUAUUUCCCCAUUUCUUUUUCUCUUACUCCAACCAAAGUUCUUCUUCAGAAGGGGAACUCCGAUGGCUGGUUACAGAGCUGAAGAUGACUACGAUUACCUCUUUAAGGUGGUUUUGAUUGGAGAUUCCGGUGUGGGCAAGUCCAAUUUGCUCUCAAGGUUCACCAAAAACGAGUUUAGCCUCGAGUCCAAGUCCACCAUUGGGGUUGAGUUUGCUACUCGGAGUUUGAAUGUUGAUGGCAAGGUUGUCAAGGCUCAGAUUUGGGAUACUGCUGGCCAGGAAAGGUAUCGUGCGAUAACUAGUGCUUACUAUCGAGGUGCUGUUGGUGCACUCCUUGUCUACGAUGUCACACGACAUUCCACUUUUGAAAAUGUCGAGAGGUGGUUAAGGGAGUUGCGAGACCAUACCGAUCCUAACAUUGUGGUCAUGCUUGUUGGUAACAAAUCAGAUCUUCGACACCUGGUGGCAGUCUCAACAGAGGAUGGGAAAUCUUUUGCUGAGAAGGAGUCUCUCUAUUUUAUGGAGACUUCUGCACUGGAAGCAACCAAUGUCGAGAACUCAUUCGCUGAAGUCCUUACUCAAAUUUAUCACAUUGUAAGCAAGAAGGCAAUGGAGGCUGGUGAUGGCACUGCUGCUGCUUCCGUUCCUCCGAAAGGAGAGAAAAUCGAUGUCAGUAAGGAUGUUUCUGCUGUAAAGAAAGCUGGCUGCUGUUCGAGUUAGGCUUUAAUUUGCACUUUUUUUGAUGUAGCUGAUUUGAUACUGCUGCAUCCUUAUGUGCAACAUAGUUGAGUAGAAAUUCUAAAGAGAUGUGUUCAAUAGGAUAUGGAUAUUCCCUGGAUUGAAUUUUAUUUACUUUCCAAUAUAUUUUAGUUUGAAAGUUUAAGUUUGAGCUCAGAUAGCCUUUUUAUGAACUUAGCAAGAAAGAAUAUAUGCAUUAAAUCUCUAUUGGUUUCA